AUGCGGCCGAUUCUGGGUUGGCUGCUGUAUCUCUUCGCCUUCUUCGAUGCGUCUGAUUCCAAACUCCACGAAGUCGGGCUGCGCGACCCGAUGGAGACAUUGAGUCAUCGGGGGAAGGGAUUGGCCAAUUCGACGAAGCAGAAAAUCCCGUCAUUCCGCGAGAUCUGGCAUUGGUUCAAGGAUCCCAGGGAAGUGGAAUGGAAGCACACUUGGAUGCAUCAGUUUCAUAGGUGCGAUUGCGACUGUUGGGAAAAGAUUUGCAAUUUCCUCGAUUCGCACUCAUUACCAAAUGGAAUCCAAAUUAUCAAGCACGUGGAGCCGAAACUAAAAAGUCUGGCCAAAAUUGACUCGAAGCUGAAUGGCAUUUGUAAAUGGGAUCCCAAGGCUUCAAAAAGUGCACCUAAGCUCGUGUCGGAACAAUUUCUUCACUACGUAACAGGCCUAACAACGAAGCGACUGCCUAAGUACAAAAAUGAUGAAAGAACUGGCAUCAAUCGGUUGACCGCCUUCCAAGACGACUAUCGUAAACUCGUAAACAUGCAAUACGUUUAUGAACCGGUGGUCAGCUUGUGGCAAUUGCCAGAUUAUGGAGCAGUUGGUAGCAUAAAAGUACGGUAUGAUGGAACUCACUUUCUGAUCUCCGGCAACGAGGUGUUGAUUUCUCUAAUUUGGACGUUUAUGUAUUACAAUCUUCCGGCCCAAGGCUGCUUCCGUGAACUCGACAAAGCCCACCCCUACUUUCGCCUGGUCUCCUCCAGCAAAACGAUCAUGAACUUUUACGGCUCCAAAGCCAUUUGCAUGUUCACCGGCGAUGUGGUGGACUUGCACAACGACUACAGCGAGUACGACCCGGAGCUGUCGCCAAAGCGUUGGGCUCGGGAUGUCUCCAAAACGAUGCACGACUUUGGGUUCGUCGAGUCGAACGAGUGGCUGUUUGCCUACGAUGUGCAUAAUUUUGGGAACCUCGGGUUCUAUCUAGAACGACCCCGGCUGUCGGUUUUCGUGAUAUUUUGCAUCGCCGUCCUCACCUGGCUCCGUUACAACUUCGACAUGUCCAUCUUGGACAUUUAUCGUUGCUUGUGGACCAUGACGACCGCGUUUUGCUGGGGCUCACGACCGCGAGCCUACCGUCCGUUCCGAAAGGAUCCUGUUUGCGCUAGACCGGCAAGGAUUAAGAAAAGCCAACGCAGCACCGCACGCACCACUUUGGAAGUCGCCGAGGAGCUUCGGUUUGAUCAGCAUUAUCCUCGAUAUCCUGAAGACCCGGAAGCCGUGCCCAUUUCACAGAAAAAUAUUCAAUGCGCCGUUUGCAACGAGGAGACCACAGUCCCGGGUACUUCCUAUGUCGAGGUCGAAUGCAUCAGUUGCGGGAUUUACCAUGUUGACUGGGUCUGCUACCGGAUGAUGCUGGCCGACCGCGGGUUGGAUGCUACUUGUCGUCAGGAUCAGCUGAAAUACGACGAAUGCUUGGCCUGGGCUUGCCCCGGCCAUAUCUCUUCCAUUCAGCGAAUUCAUCAGUCCGGAGAGCGGCUGAAGGUCCUGAAGCUCGCCAAGCGCACGGCUUCCGGUAGA